CAAUGCAUUGUGGAUUUCCUGUACAGGAUUCAAUUUGCAGUGGAAUUGACUGUGUUGGAGAAUGUGAAUUUCGUCGAAUUUUCCCAUACAGUGUUGUAAGAUUUCUGUGAUAUAAUAUGACUUGGGGUAAAGAGCUGUGGGAUCAAUUCGAACUUGUGAAAGAACACACUCACAAUGGUAUAGAGUAUGUCGACAGGGUUUAUAAAUUCGUCAAAGAGAGAUCGAGUAUAGAGGCAAACUAUGCGAGAGAAUUACGGAAGCUUGCAAAGAACUUUCAACCCAAAAAAAAGGCUGAAGAAGAAUUAAAGUUUACAUUUCACAAAGGCUUCUUUGAUGUUGUGAAAGAGACAGAUGAUAUUGCUGGCCAGCAUGAGUUGAUUGUUGAGAACCUAAACUCUAGUGUACUGAAAGAGCUUCAGGAUCUGCAUUCUGAGCUAAAAACAGAUAGAAAAAAGCAUAUUCUAGAGGGGAUUAAGGUGCAAGAUGCUCUGCAGCAAUCAAUGAAAAUGUUGGAUGGUAGUAAGAAGGCAUAUGAGAAGGCUAAGAGUGAGGCCGAGCAGGCACUUGCAGCAUUCCAGAGAGCUGAUCAAGACAUGAGCAUGACAAAACUACAAGUUGAAAAGUUCAAGGGAACUUCCAUGGAGAAGGGGCAAGCAGCUGAUAGGGCACGCGACGAAUACAGGAAUCAGCUCGAGAAGACUAACAGCAAGCAGACACUUCAUUACAGCUCAGAGAUGCCUGCUGUGUUUUCGGAAUUACAGACAAUGGAGGAAAAUCGCAUCAAACGUGUGGGUGAACUGCUGACUGAGUAUUCAGAUAUAGAGUGCCGGGUGAUGCCAAUCGUACAGACAUGUCUUGACAACAUCAAGAAGGUUGCGGCAUCAUUCAAUGGACCACAAGACUCGUUGCUUUUGAUUGAGCAAAACAGAACGGCCUUACAACCACCGGGGGAUAUUGAAUUUGAGGAGUUUGGGAAAGCACAAACCAUCCAAAGACCAGGACAAUCCACUACACCAAAAGACAGUAAUAAAAAGAAAGGGAAGAGCAAAAAUUUCUUCCGAAAGCUUAAAAAGGUAGAGGGAGAUGGAAACGAUUUCCAGUCAUUACCUCCAGGACAGAAAAUCCGUAUCUGCAAGAAAAAAGUAUCCGAGUAUGAAUCACAAUUUUCCCAACUCCAGGCUUCAAGGGAAGCAAUGGUUAAGAUGGUUGGUGUCUACCAACAGAACCCCGCUCUAGGUGAUGUAGCAUCCGUGGAACAGCAACUCGCUGAGAAUGCAAAGGAACUGGACACUGUUGGUGAUGAACUCUUCAAAUACCAGUCGUACUUAGCCAUUCUGGAGAACAAAGAGGCCCCACCCAAACCACAAAAGUACUCCAAAUCAGCCGUGCAACCUCCCCCUGCACCCGUUGACGAGCAGCAACCGGGGCCUCCCCCCGCCCCAAGCUUACUCGUCCCUCCCAUGGAGGAGGCAGACGUCGAAGAUGGCGAAUUUGACGAGGAGCAACGCUGCAAGAUUCUUUAUGAUUUCCAGGGCACGAACGAGGGCGAAUUGGCUGUGACGCAAGGUGAGGUUUUAGCCGUGAUGGAGAUGGAUUUGGAUAACAGUGGCUGGACAAGAUUGUGCCGAGACCAAGACGAGGGAUAUGUACCGACAGCUUACAUCGAAAUGCUGGAAUAAACGUAACACCAGCCAAUCGAGGGCUAACGAUGGCAAUCGAGGGCUAACGAUGGCAAUCGAGGGCUAACGAUGGCAAUCGAACCACAUGUUGUAGCUAGACCGGGUGAAAAAGUCACGUGAAACAUUUGCUCAUGAUCACAUGUGAGCCACUAGCCACGUGCUUUUGUUAGACCAAGUAAUAAUAAGACGUAGUGGUGCGGUGGUCUGCUCUAUGCCACGUGAUGAUUUAAGUCGCUAUUCGCGUGGCUGUUAUAGAUCCGUGACGUCAUGAACGGUAUAUAAUAUAUAUAUAUGGACGCUGUUAGACUGUCUUUAUUUUCUCAACUUGUAAGGUGAUAGGCAAUGUUAAGCUCAGUUCGGAUAACUUUAUGCUCUUUGAAACUUUACUGUGAUUUUGAGUAUUCUUUAAACUGUGGCAAACGAUUUCCAAUUCAGAUAAAACUGUUUGAAAGCAAGAAAUUUAUUUUUUAUUGCAUUUUGAUUGCUAUGACAUGGCGGCAUUAUUGAAAGCCAUCAAAGUGUCGAUUAACUAAAACCUAGCUUCUAAAGUUUUUAAUUGACGGGUAUUGUAAAGCAGUUUAUCAUUUGGAAUUCAUAAGCCAGAGCUCGAGUAAUACUCAAAACCACGUCAUUUCAUUUAUUGUAAGAGCUCAGCGGCUUGUGCUGCGGGCGGUCUAUCUCGUCGAGUUUGGAUCAACUGCUGUAAAAAAGUCACCUCGUUAAAUGUUGUUUUCAUGGUGGCAUGUUUUUCAUCGCCGUUAUAUUCGUCAUCAUCCCCUACAGAGGCAUCUAUUUUGCCAAAGCUAAAGAGGAUUCAAAGGACCCCUGUAAGGGAGGCGACGAUUUAUAGGAUGAAGCAACGUUCAAACAGCGCCAGUAUUGCAAGCGCUGCUACGCGACACCUUCAAAUGCAGUAUUCACACAGCACCAGAAUUGCUGGGCCAGAGUCUUUGUGUGCCUUCUCGAGGUAGUCUAUAUUUUAACUAAGUCCGUUUAGAACUAAAACGCAAUUUUGCUUGCCUUUGUUCUGAGCUCUUUCUAAGUCACAACAGUGGCUAUAGUAACCUAAUUUCUAACAGAUAUAAAUUACUUGAAAGGAAGAAAAAGAAUAAACACUAAAUGUUGUAUUUGAAUAAAAUGAGAAUUUACUUUGA